AUGGCAUCAGAAAAGCCUUUGUUGGAUUUCGAUCCGUAUGAAAUAUUGGAUUUGCAACAGGGCUGCACUGAUGCACAAAUUGGCUUCACCAGUACGCUGAUAAGUUUUUUUCUUCUAAUAUCUGGAGGAAGACGUUUUGCGAUUUUAGCACAAGAUAUGUUCCUGAAAAUAUCGAAGGCAUUCGCGUUAUUAUCGGAUGUGACAGCACGGGCUGCGUACGAUCAUGUUCUGGCAGCUAAGACAGCGCGUAAGGUCUACAUCCAACGAAGGCAACAAGAGGGGAGCGAGAAACGUCGAAAAUUGCGCGAAGAGCUGGAAAGGCGAGAAGCUGACGCUGCUAGUACACGGAAGAAAGAGGAGGAUGCCAAUAAGCAAUUAGAGAAAGAAAUUGAGCGUCUGCGAAGAGAAGGCUCUAAAUUACUGCAGCGUGAGAGGGAAAAUGUAGAGCGAGAAAUCCAUGGAGACACUGCAGUGAAGCAAAGCUGCAGUAGUGAGACGCCAUUUACUCGAUAUAAACUGCGGUGGAAACGAGGAGUUGGUAUAAGUGGUUAUUAUGAAGAAGAUAUCCGCCAGUUAUUUUCUAAGUACGGAGACAUUUCGAACGUUGUUUUAUCAAGUGGUGACAGAGGCUCUGCGAUUAUUGAAUUCAGUAAACUGAUGGAUGAGGAAGGGAUUUUAAAAGAAAGCGGUAACCCUGAGCGUCCAGUCUCCGUUAAACGUAUUCGAGGACCUCCGCUAUUCGUAAAGAAUCCAUUGUCCAAUUCGAAAGCAUCUUCUGGUUCAGUGUUUUUUCUUAAAUUUAUGUUUUUUGUUGAAUUACACCGCCCUCACUUGUUAGUGAACAAAAGUUGUUUAAAAAGCCCAAUGUUUGAACAUGCAUUGACUUCCACGCAGUUUGCUGAUUUUGAAGCCGAAGUUCUGACAACACUGGCGGCCGGAACAAAAAGAAAAAUGGAAAAUACAAAGAGCAAAUUUGACGAUUUCUGA